CUCUACAAGCUGCGAAAAGGAAUCAAUCAAGCUUAAACGAACAUGAACACAAUCACCACCAUUGCUUUGUUGGUGACACUAAUGAGCAUCUCCGUAAAUUCUACCUCACCAGAAGAUCCCAUCCAGUGCAAUGGAGCAAUCCAAAACACAAACUGCACCAUCACAAACUCCUACGGCGCCUUCCCCGACCGAAGCACCUGCCGUGCAGCCGAGGCCGUGUACCCCACGUCCGAGGCCGAGCUAGUCGCAGCCGUGGCGAGCGCGGCCGCGGCCAAGAGGAAGAUCAAAGUGGCGACGCGCUACUCCCACAGCAUUCCGAAGCUGGUGUGCCCGGACGGGGAAGACGGGCUGCUGAUAAGCACCAAGUACCUCAACCGGACGCUGAACGUAGACGCAUCCGCGAUGACAAUCACGGUGGAGAGUGGGGUGACGCUGAGGCAGCUGAUCAGCGAGGCGGCCCGGGCCAAUAUGGCGCUGCCUUAUGCGCCGUAUUGGUGGGGGCUGACCGUGGGCGGGAUGAUGGGGACGGGUGCUCAUGGGAGCUCGCUGUGGGGCUUGGGGAGUCAGGUGCAUGACCGUGUCACGCGCCUGACUAUUGUGGCGCCCGCGCAGCCACACGUCCGCGUGCUGGAAAGUGGGGAUGCGGACCUUGAUGCGGCUAAAGUCUCGCUUGGUGUUCUUGGUGUCAUCUCUCAGGUAACACUGAAAUUGGAGCCGCCUUUCAAAAGGUCAGUAACAUACAUAACAAGGAACGAUUCUGAUCUGGGAGAAGAUGCUGUAACGUUGGGGCGGAAACACGAAUUUGCAGAUUUCACAUGGUUCCCCAGUCAGAAACGAGUCAUUUAUCGACUGGACGACCGAACCUCAUCCAACUCAUCCGGAAACGGGCUCAAUAACUUCCCAGGAUUCCGGUCCACUUCCACCCUCGUUCUUGCCACUCUCAGAAGCACAGAGGAGACGCAGGAGUCCCUAGGCGACGCCAACGGAAAAUGCAUAAACGGGAGAAUCACGGCCUCUUUUUUAAGAUCCACGGGCUUCGGACUAACAAACGACGGCAUCAUAUUCAAGGGCUACCCAGUGAUCGGCUACCAAAACCGCAUCCAGGCUUCCGGCGCAUGCCUCGACAGCCCGGACGACGCGAGGCUCACGGCAUGCCCGUGGGAUUCCCGCGUGAAGGGCCUCUUCUACCACCAGACCACAUUCAGCAUCGCCCUGUCAAGAGUCAAGGGCUUCAUCCUCGACGUGCAGAAGCUCGUCUCCCUUUUCCCGGACUCCCUCUGCGGCCUUGACCUCUACAACGGGAUCCUCAUGCGAUACGUCACCGCCUCGACGGCCUACUUGGGGAAACAGGAGGACUCCCUCGACUUCGACAUCACUUACUACAGGAGCAAGGAUCCCCUCCAGCCCAGGCUCUUCGAAGACGUGUUAGAAGAGAUAGAGCAGAUGGCCGUGUUCAAGUACGGAGCUCUGCCGCAUUGGGGGAAGAAUCGGAACGUGGCGUUUCUCGGGGCCACUGCAAAGUAUAGAAAUGGCGCGCGGUUCGUGAAGGUGAAGCAGAGGUAUGAUCCUAAAGGGCUGUUUUCGAGUGGGUGGAGUGAUCAGAUGUUGGGGCUCGCGGAUGGAUUGAGUGUGGUGAGGGAAGGAUGUGCGCUUGAAGGGUUGUGUAUUUGCUCUCACGAUACUCAUUGCGCGCCUAACAAGGGAUAUUUGUGUGUGCCUGGAAAAAUCUAUGAUAAGGCCAGAGUCUGUGCCAAGGUUACAACAGGAAAUCUUUAUUAGGAGACUCGACUCUGUGAUUAAUUUAAUAAUAAUAAUUAGAGACCGUAUUAAAAUAAUCUAAAUGUGUAUUUUUAUUAUAUAUUUUAUUUAUUAUUUAUUUAUCUUAUCAA